UGGACGGUUCUAUCAAUGACGUGGACUUUCAUUGUAACCAUUAACUGCAGCCUCAAUACCUCCACACAAGAGAUUUGUCAGCGAUUUAAUCACAUUCUACGACUAUUUUGCGAACUGACUUUAAAGUAGACAUUGUUGUAGUAUUUAUUCCUAGGAAUAGAAGGUUUGAGACGCGUGAAAACCAAUAGAAAACGGCGGUGAUUUCUCAGUGAAACAGCCCCCCACCCAAAACUCAGGAUGAGUAAAAACAAGGUGUUGAAUCUGAAGGACAAAAUCGAUGGCAACGAGAUGGAUCUGAGCCUCUGUAACCUCACUGAAGUUCCUGUUAAAGAACUGGCUGGCUUCCCUAAAGUCACAGUCCUGGAUCUGUCCUGCAACAACAUCACCUCCCUGCCUCUGGAGUUCUGCAGCCUCAGUCACCUGGUCAAGGUGGACCUCAGUAAGAACCAACUGACCGUUCUACCUGAUGAUCUGGGUCGCCUUGGCAACCUGCAACACCUGGACCUGUACAACAACAAGCUGACAAUUCUGCCUGUCAGCUUCUCACAGCUCAAGAACCUGAAGUGGCUGGAUCUGAAGGACAACCCUCUGGAAAUCAACCUGGCCAAGGCUGCAGGAGACUGUCUGGAUGAGAAACAGUGUAAACAAUGUGCUGCCAGGGUGCUCCAGCUCAUGAGGAUCCUUCAGGACGAGGUAGACAAAGAGAGGGAGCGGCGCCUCCUAAAGGACAAAGAACUGGAGAAGAAGAAAGAGACGAAGCAGAGAGAGAGGGAGGCGAAAGAGAGGGAGGCUCGUAAACGAGAGAAGGCAGAGGCGAAGGAGAGGAAGAGGAAGGAGUACAACGCUCACGUGGCUGCCUUGGCCGUCCAGGAACAGAAGAAUAAGAGAAAAGAAGAGAAGAAAAAGCGUAAUGGACAGAUAGCAGCAGAUAAGAAAGCAGCAGCUGAAUCCGCCCCCAAAGCCCGAAGGCGCUCUCUCAUUGGCCUGCUUUUCAAGCUCCUCCUCCUGGUGCUGCUGGGAUUAGCUGGAGUUGUCGGGGUGUGUCAACUGACGGGGCUAAAGGAGGCGGCGGUGUGCGCACCAAUCAACAUUGCUGUGGACGACGGUUUAUCCUGGAUCCGGGAACAGGAAGUAGAUGUGAGGGUCAGAGAGCUGGUACAGGAAGUGGAUUUCAGAGCCAGAGAGCUGCUGCAGAAACUGACCUCUCUGGCGCCGCAUUUCCUCGAACCGCUCGGAGUCGCUCCCACGGCAACGGAACCCGUGGAAACAUUAGAAAACUGAGGAAGGAAGGACUGACGAGAAAAAAAGAAAGAUGGACGACCAGCUUAAAUUCCUAUGGAAUUUCGUCGCUCCUGGUUUCCUCUGUUUUGUAUGAUCUGUUUUUAACCAGUGGCUGUCUGCGUCACAAGUCUCACUUCCUAGUUCCCUACAGCAUGGGACUCUAUUCCAAAGUAGUGCAGUAUUAAAAAGGGAAUAGAGUGUGAUUGGAGACUUGCCCUGUGACUCAUGUGCACACUCCCAAGUCAACCCCCAGCCCCUACUACCCUGUAGAUCUGAACGGUCUGGAUAGGUGUAUUCUAUAUGGUGGAAACUCAAAGUUGCCCAUCAGAGGGCAAGGUAAAGAUACGAUAUAUACCUGUCCAUUCCUUUCAUAUCUACACAGGUGCACAGGGCGUAAAAGGUAGGGGUUGAUUUGGGAUUGAGCAAUAGUGACAGACCCUGUCUGUGCUGUGUCAAAGUCUUAAGAGUCCAACUGCCAAUCAGAGCCAGGUAUAGGCCAGAAUUUGAGCCAAUCAUAUUAUAAAUGGUAUCUUUGGUUGGUUGGGGCAGUCUGAGCAUGUGCAGUGAGGCUGUAAAUAUGGAGUAAUCCUGUGUGUCUACCAUCUGGGGCAAGUUGGCUGCACUCCUUUUUGUAACGCUUUCUCUGCUCAAGGACUGUCAACAUCAAUAAAUGCCUUUAAGCUGGA